UCCACGAUGGAAGCACGAACCGUCUGGUUGACCUUGGCAGUGCUCCGUGUGACCUUGGUUCUGCUGCCCCAGUCGGGUUACAUCCACCCGGACGAGUUCUUCCAGGCUCCGGAGGUCAUGGCAGGAACGGUUCUGAACUACAAGGUGCGCCUGACGUGGGAGUGGACAGAAGACCUUCCUAUCCGGUCUCCUGUCCUACCCUUUCUCACCUCGGGUAUACCUUUCCUGGUUCUGAAGAUCAUCAACUAUUUAGGGUCACUGCCUGAACUUCUCAGCGCAUACACUCUACUGAUUGCACCAAGGCUUUGGACAAUGGUUCUCUCAUUCUUCGUAGACUAUUGUCUGUGGAGAGUUUGUAACGGUGGCGAGAGAAAGUAUAUGGGUGGGGAAAUGGAUGGAUUCAAUUGUCUUGCUGUGUAUUCAGCCUGUUAUGUGACGCUUGUCUUUUUCACUCGAACGUUUUCCAACACGCUUGAAGCUGUUCUUUUUGCAGGCGUUCUUGCUCUUGUUGUCGACUCUAUCAAAGGCAGAGACCCUUUAAGCAGCAGCCCAAAACAUAAAACCAGAAAUGAAAAAGGUGAAAAACCUUCCGAUUUAGUUCAUGAGAAACAUUCUUCUAAUUCUCAUUCGGUUCCGUUGUCAGCGCUGAUCGUAGUAGGAGUUUUCAAUCGUCCAACAUUCCCUGCCUUUGCUCUGGUACCGAUGCUGUACUGGACAUUCUACAACAGCAAAGGGUGGAGGUUAAAGGAGGGGGCUUUAAAAGCAUUACAAUUAGUACCAGGAGCAGUAGUGACAGUUAUAAUCUUUGUCGUCUGUGACUCCGUUUAUUUCGGCUCUCUCGAUGUCCACUCCUUAACUGUGAACACAUUCCUUCAGUCACCCUCAAGUCUUCUUCAAAACCUCACUGUCACUCCUUUGAACUUCUUAAGGUACAACAUGGACAUGUCCAAGGUCAAGGACCAUGGUUUGCACCCAAGAAUGACUCACCUCCUUGUGAACACCCCACUCUCGUUUGGUGUCCUGGCCGUCCUUGCGUUUGCAAACAUCCCCGCUUGUGUCACAAAACUGUUCGGUCAUUUUAAAGAAGGUGAAAAUAAAGCGCAAAUAAAGAGCAAACUUCAGGCACCUUCAAAUGAAUCCCACCAAAAACGACAAGUAAAAAGAACUGCUGAUGACACUAAAAUGUUGUCCCGAAUCCCUUGUGGAAAAGGCGUUGACUUUGAGAUGUUCUUCCUUCUAUCCUACUUUAUUCCUAUCUUCAUCUUGUCCUUAAUCGCCCACCAAGAACCCAGGUUCAUCACCCCGUGUCUCCUUCCUCUUGUGUUGGCCCAUCACAACAAGAUCAGCUGGGCGGGAGGCAAGUUAAAGAAACUCCUUUUUGUCGGAUUUGUAGUCGGUAACGUUUUCUGUGGUGUUCUCUUUGGAGCUAUGCACCAAGGCGGAAUCGUUCCUUCCUUACUGCACCUGCAUCAUCUAGUGCGGCAGCAAAACGCUACACAAAAAGUGCACAUCUUCUAUUUUCACACGUACAUGCCACCCCAACAUUUACUCGGUAUCCAUGGCAACCAAACAACCAAUAAGAACGUUGGUCACGUGGUACAACAAGCGACCAAUGGCAACGAAGGUCCUGAGGUUCAUUUGCAUGAUCUAGCAGGUGCGCCAACCGAUGUUCUUUUCAGUGAGUUGGAAACUUUGUACCAAGCCGAGAAGCUUGUAAAGAACCAUUCUCUCAUCUAUGUAGUUUCUCCCUCCUCAUUGCAUCAAGACAUUAACGAUCAUGGUACUAACAUGAAUCUAGUAUUAAAAGAAGUUUUCUUUCCGCACCUAAGUAUGGAGGACCCUCCCAAUAUAUGGGAUAUUGUGCAUACGCCAUCAGAAAGGAACACUUCUCUGCUUGAGCGACUUAAGUUUACAUUUGGAUUGAGCCUUCACGAGCUCAACUGA